GCCGAAACUUCGCUCUCCCUCAAACUCCACCCGCAGCGACGACUGAACGACCCAGCAACUUGCCCUUCUGCCCGCCCCCGACAGACGACGUUAAAUCGACAAUACCUGCGAAAAUGUCUUCCGCAAAGAUCAAGGCCGGCCAGCUGUGGUCCAAGAACAAGGACGAGCUCACCAAGACCCUCGGCGAGCUGAAGACCGAGCUCGGCCAGCUGCGCAUCCAGAAGAUCGCCUCCUCGGGCACCAAGCUGAACAAGAUCCACGACCUCCGAAAGUCGAUCGCCCGUGUCCUCACCAUCAUCAACGCCAAGGAGCGACACCACCUCCGCCUCUUCUACAAGAACAAGAAGUACCUGCCCCUCGACCUCCGCGCAAAGCAGACCCGCGCCAUCCGUCGCCGCCUGUCUCCCGAGGACGCCUCAAGGAAGCUCGAGAAGACGAAGAAGCGCCAGCAGCACUUCCCUCAGCGCAAAUACGCCAUCAAGGCUUCCGCAUAAAGUGGCAAACGGCGUCGGCAUUUGAGGGUUUUUGGUAAUUGAAGCAGGUCAAGGCAAAAAGGCUACAGGUCGCUGGCGUGGUUUUCCCGAGAAUCAAAAAAGAAAAAGGACGAUUCCACGCAUUCUCGUAUGGCAUCACAGGGCACAAACUUGUUUUCCGCUACGGGUCUCGGUGUUAUGAGGAUAUAUGACAGCAAGCCCGGAUACCUAGUCAACCAGAUAGCUCCAAAAGAGAGCUCGAGUUGACUUCACCACCACCACUUACGCUUCGUCCCCCGUGUGAAACGCCGAGGCUGAGACUACUACCCAAGACGAUCAGGCGGUGGGGCGGUCGAAUACCCUCAUCGAUAUCGAUGGACGUGGGUUGCUUGUCGGAGGCUUCUGCUCGUGUCAGUUCGGCCCAUCGAGGAUGUCAAAAAUGCGCUCGGUGCUUGUAUGGUGUACUUGGAGCAAUAGACUAAAUGACUGGCCGAAUCCUGCCGAAAGGACCUUUUGCUUGCUCGAUGAAUCGACCAUGAUACUCACUCAGUCCAUGUUGCUUGCUAUGCUCUGCAAGCUGCCAGUGCCACCCACUCUUCAAGGUAGACCCUCCGGUGUUUCUUCAUCAGCUAUGCGAUGAGCAGAUGGAUCUCGUUUUGCUCUCGAAGCUGCCGCAUCACGUUUGCACGUCGUUGCCACUUGAGAAUGUGAUAGCGAACCUUGAGAGAGACAGCCCCUUCACCAAGAUGAUUGUCGGACAGCCCUUGAAUUUCUAUUUCACUGUGUCCAAUGGGCUUGCCUCACAACGAGUGGUCAUCACACCCCCACCUUGUU